AGCAACACCGGGAUACAAACGAGAUUGCGAUUCAUAAUUCAUAAAUGAAUAUCUCACUUGGUGGUUUGAAUAUUGUGUACAGAUAUGUGUACAGGCGUCUAUCCAUAAAGCUACUCUUAAAAAUAGAUAUCCCAAGACUUUCCAUUCUUUGGCUAAUUACAUCGGUUAUCGGUAUUUCAGGGGAAAUCGGAUGAUGAUUAAACGUCUCUAGAGAGGUAUCGUAUUGUUUGCUCAUGGGUCCAUUGGAAGCUGUACAUGAUUUCAUACCUCAUCAACGGUUAGAUAAUAUCGAUGAGCAACAAAAUUAUGAAGUAAUUGAUUUGAAAGGCCAGGCUCUUUGAAUAUCUGGCGGUCGACGCGAGAUCAGGCUAACCAAUAAUUGACGACCGAAUUUCGCAUAAGAUGGUUGACAUUUCUAACCUGACACCGCAGAAAUCGAUGGGAUGGGUCGAUUAACUUCACCGUGUUUCAUUCGCUCCAUAAUUCGUUUUAAUCAGUGGUGAUCAUGACGCUAUUUUGGAAGGAUUGCCACCCUUUCAGCGAGGCAUGGAGAUCAUAACCGAAUAUCGAUGAUUCACGCCAAUUUAUUGUGUAGGAUAUCACAUUGAUACGGAAAUUUACGAAAAUUCCCACAAUGAAAACACGACCCUGAUGGUUAUAAGAUUGUUAAAGCACCAUAUCAAAUUGUAUAUUCCAUGAUUUUUCUUCUCGAUGGAUCGGAGAUGACAUUUCGAUGAUGCCCGUGGAUAAAUUGUAUAUAGUGAGCAUCUUAAUAGUACUACAUCAACAAGUGCCUCUAACCAUCCAAGAAUGCCAAACGUGUCCGGAAGAGGCGGAGUCUCAUGGAGAUUCCUGUUACUAUUUCAGUUCCACGAAAUUAUCGCGGGACGAUGCGAACGAGAAAUGUACCAAUCACGACUUUCAUCUGGCCUACAUUCAAACUGAAGAGGAACAGGAAUUCAUUCAGGGUCGACUGAUUGAAGAAAGCCUCAAAGACUGCUGGAUAGGACUAACCAUCGAUUCCAAUGGCAAUAUGAUAUGGAUGGAUGGAUCAGGCCUCACUUACGAUAACAGAGACGAUAAGUCCAACGACGAAGGAGUGGGAUGUUUCCGCAUGAGAAAAUCACAUGGAUACAGAUGGCAUGACAGAACAUGCAAAACAGAGUACACCUAUGUUUGCGAAAAAGAAAAUGUGUGUUCGGAGACAACAGUGGCGAUGACGACAACACCAUCUACCACAACCCCACAACCAACUACAACAAAACCUACCACCACAGCAGCUACAACAACAAUCGAAUCGACAACUACGUCUACAACAACACAGCCAACCACUACGGCUAUAACAACAACCCAAUCCACCACACAGUCAACCACCACGGCUACAACAACCCAAUCUACAACGCAGCCAACCACUACGGCUACAACAACAACCCAAUCCACAACGCAGCCAACCACGACGGCUACAACAACAACAACCCAAUCCACAACGCAGCCAACCACUACGGCUACAACAACAACCCAAUCCACAACGCAGCCAACCACAAUUAAGCCUACUUCCACAACAACACUGUCGACCACUACUAAAGCUACAACGCGACAAUCGAAAACCACUCUGGCUACCACUACAGAAACUCCCAAAGUAAAGCAAAAGUCAAACCGUUAUAGGUCGGUUGCGAGGGACUAUGCCGUGAAGAAUUCGGCCGUGAUCGAGCGAUACUCGGCGUCGUCGUUGAUACGAUGUUCGGCCCGAUGUUCAAGCACGGAAUCAUGCUCGCACUUUACGUUCAUUGAUGACAGUGGCAUUUGUUUACUUGGCAGUUUUACUCUGAAAAACGAAGCUGGUUUUGAGAAACUGACUGGAGCCAUUACAUUCGAAGCUAUCUUGUUCUGAGUUGUACAGUACACUCCUGUCCGGAUUUGGAGCAUCCAUUGCGACAUCGGUAGAAACAUUGGUAUUAGUAUAGGCCUACAGCCAACCAUUUU